AUGCGGUCGUCCGCGGUCGUCCCGUCUCGCACGGUCGCGGUCCCGCGCGCGCGCGCGCGCGCGGGAGCGUCCAGACGAGACGUUCUGAACGCCGGUCUCGCGGUCGUCGCGGUCAGUAUCGAGAAAGAGGCGAGCGCGGGGACGUACAAGCGAUCGUUCAGGGAGAGGUUCGAGACGAGCAUCUCCUCGGCGACGCGCGAUUACGAGUUCACGAUGCCCGACGAUUGGGCGGCGGACAUCGUGUCGCUGAACGAUGGUAAAUUGUACGGCGUGGACACGCGAUACAAGAGCGGUUCGGGGAACGGACAGCUCGCGGUGAGCGUGCUGCCGUUCGUCGGCGCAGACUCGAUAGAGCAAGCCGGGUCGGCGGAGGACGUACUCGGACGAUUUGAAGAGCUCGUGGGGGCAUAUUGGGAACAGAAUGGAUUUGGGGUUCCAGGACGAGCGGGUGCCGUGAAGGAGACGUCGUUGACGAAAAAACAAGGGGUUGCGUAUUACAAUUACGAGCUGGUGAACCCGCAUAACUUGAUAUCGGCGUGCGUGGUCAACGGCGAGCUGUACAUCAUGGUCGCGUCGUGCGGAGCCCGUUCGUGGAAAACCGCCGAGAGCGAUUUACGCUCAAUCGUCGACUCGUUCACUGUGCCUCCGUAG